UCCCCCCCUUACCGGCCGCCGUAGCGCCACCGGAGGUCCCUCCCCUUCCUGCCGCCGCUCUCGCCGCCGCUAUGGCGAAGCUGCUGAGCUGCGUCCUGGGCCCGCGGCUCUACCGCGUCCAUCGGCCGCGACCGGCCGGGGCCGGGGCGGAGGGACCCGGGGGCAGCGGCGGGGACCCGGCCUCCUGGGACUCGUACUAUCAGCCCCGGGGGCUGGAGAAGCACACGGACAGUGUCCUGGCGCUGGCCUCGGUGCUCUGGUCCAUCUCCUAUUAUGCAUCACCAUUGGCUGUGUUCUACCUGUACCGCAAAGGGCUGCUGACAAUGUCCCGUGUGAUCCCAAUGUCCCACUGCGCUGCCACCGUGGUGCUGCUCCUGGCAGGGGUGGCCUGUCUGCGAGGCAUUGGCCGCUGGAGCAACCCCCAGUACGUGGAGUUCAUCUCGGUGUUGGAGGACAGUCACCGCCUGGGCACCCCCGAGGUCAAGCGCAAACUGGCCCAUUACACUUUUGACUUCAGGAGCUGGCCCAUUGACUUCCGCUGGGACAGCACCGGGGUCCCCUGGGGAGGAUCCCGGGAUGUGCCACUGCUCCGGACCCCCCCCGGGCAUCGCGGGGCCGCGCGAGGCUUCCUGGGGGCCCUGCGCAAGGUGCCCUGCAGGCUGGCCAGCCUGCUGCUGGCGCACACGCUGGGUCGGCGGAUGCUGUUCCCGGGCUCGGUGCGGCUGCUGCAGAAGGCGCUGCUGCCCUCGCUGCUGCAGGGGCAGGCUCGGCUGGUGGAGGAGUGUGGGGGGCAGCGCGCGAAGCUCUUGGCCUGUGACGGCAACGAGAUAGACACCAUGUUCAUCGACCGGCGCGACCGGCCUGGGCCACACGGCAACACCCUGGUCAUCUGCUGUGAGGGCAACGCCGGGUUCUACGAGGUCGGCUGCUUGUGUACCCCCCUGGAGGCCGGUUACUCCGUCCUGGGCUGGAAUCAUCCUGGCUUUGGAGGCAGCACCGGGGUGCCGCUGCCGCAGAGCGAGGCCAAUGCCAUGGACGUGGUGGUUCGGUUUGCGCUGCAGGAGCUGCGCUUCCCCCCCCGCAGCAUCGUGAUCUACGCGUGGUCCAUCGGCGGCUUCACCGCCACCUGGGCCGCAAUGUCCUACCCAGAGCUCGGAGCGCUCGUGCUCGAUGCCUCCUUCGACGACCUCGUGCCCCUGGCGCUGAAGGUGCUGCCGCGAAGCUGGGGGGAGCUGGUGACUAGGACCGUGAGGGAGCAUCUGAAUCUCAACAAUGCUGAUCAGCUCUGCAGGUACCAGGGGCCGGUGCUGUUGGUGAGGAGGACACGGGACGAGAUCAUCACCACAACGGUCCCCGAUGACAUUGCAUCCAAUAGGGGCAAUGAUCUCCUGCUGAAGCUGCUGCAGCACCGGUACCCCAAGAUCAUGGCAGAUGAGGGGACCCGGAUUGUGCGGGAAUGGCUGGAAACAGCAACACCAGCGGAGGAGAGGGCGUUGGCACAGAGGUGCCCAGUGGACGAGCGCUGGUGCCACGCCGUGCUCGAGGCCUUCGCCGGGGACCGGGACCCCCCCUUCCCAUGGAGCCUGGGGGAGGAUCUGUCGGUGGAGGAGCGGCAGCAGCUGGCGCUGUUCCUGGCGCAGAAGCAUCUCCAGAAUUUCGAGGCCUCGCACUGCACCCCCCUCCCCCCCCAGGCCUUCCGCCUGCCCUGGACUCUCUGACCUCUGACCUC